AUGUGUACCAAAGCACUGAUUGACAUGAACUCUGAUAUCAAGUUCACACAGAGCGAGUUUCAUACUUUGGACAAUUUCCAGAAAAGUCUGAAUAUUAUCAAAGUGACAGUAGAAGCACUGUGCCGGCGUGAUGCAACUCUAUUAACUGCUGAUGCGGCUAUGAAAUUUAUGCUACGUAGACUUCUCGCAAGAUCAUUGCGCGUGCGCAUUUCCCAAAGACGACUUUCUAUUGCAUCUACUUUGCAGUAUCUCCAAAAUCCUGAAACAUAUUUCAGUGAAGUUGCUACCGCCGAGCUCCCAAAAACCCCAGAAAUGGUGGAGGAAAUUUAUUCACUAACUCAAAAUUUUGAAGAUGAACCUGUGGUUAGGGUUAUGGAUGAUUUGGCCUUGGAUAAUAGCGCCAGCAGCGUGAGUGGAGAUUCCGAAAGCGUUGAUUUUGUUAAAGAACUAAAUAAAGAAAUUGAAAAAUCACUGAAGGAGAAAAAUAGAAAUAUGCGAAAUAGAAAUGAAACAGAAGAUGAACCUAACAGAGAGUGUGGUUAUGGUGAAAAUGAUAAGCAUAAGUUAAUUCAAAUUGAAAUGGCACUGUUUGAAAAUGGUGGCAACCGCGGGUUCUAUUUAGACAUGGCGUACAGACAUUUACUGACGGUACCCCCCACGAGUGUAGAGUCUGAAAAAGCGUUCUCGUCUGCGGCAUGUACGUGCAACAAAAUAAGAUCGUCUCUCAAAGACAAUACCUUGGAUGCCCUCUGCUACUUACGUUCCAUAUUUCAGCAAUCGCGAUCUCGUGAAUUUCCGUAG